UAAGAAGAAAACCAGUUGACACUUUCAUUUCCUCGCGCCAAACGGCCAAAGUCCCCUCUCCUUCAGAGUUUCGAUUUUCACUCUUAUCAUCAAACGUACAACAUAAAGUUCCUCUCUUGGUUCGAAUUGAUUUAGGAAUUAAGGCUUCUGGAAAGAAAUAAUUAGGGUUUUUGGGUUCUUGUUUUAAAGAGAUGGACAAGAGAAAACUGGGUGUUCCUUUAGUUUGCAAUGGACAUUCACGUCCUGUUGUAAAUUUAUUCUAUAGUCCAAUUACUCCAGAUGGUUUCUUUCUCAUUAGUGUAAGCUAAGAUUCUAGUCCUAUGCUGAGAAAUGGAGAGACCGGUGAUUUGAUUGGAAAAAAUCCUUAAUGGAAUCUAGGAUUUGAGAGAAUUUCGGGGGCUAAACAAAAUCGAAAGUUGGUGAUGAAAUCUGGGGUUUGAGAGACAAGUGGAAUUAGGGUUUCUCUCAGUUUCGAGCUUUCAGUUACUUCACAGUUUCCAUGGGACGUGGUUGUCAAUUUUGACGUUUGAAGAGGAGAUGAAGCUGUAUCCAAUAAAAAGUCCCAAACUGAUGGUAGAAGAUACGGAAAAGACGGUGGUGUUAGAAGGUUUGGAGAAGACGAUUCAAGGGAGGGAGCAGACCUUUGUUUUGUGCUUUCCCAGCGCCGUGGUUUUUAAAGAUGUUGGUGAAAUCUUGAUGGAAUUUGAGAAAAUCAGUUUGAAACUAAAAAGCACACCAUUCGUACAUUAUAUCUUUUAUUUCAGUGCUAUAUUUUUUUAUGCAUUGUUAAUGGUUUCAUCUCUUAUCUUGAUAUUGACUAUUUCUAGUGCAUUAUUGAUUCGAAUUCAUUUGGUUUUGUUUGUGUCUUUAGGGAUCAGAUUAGUAUGUGCCACAGAGAAGUUUCUUACUCAAUUCUUCGCCAUGGAAGGUAGAAACAUUUUGCCCAAUGUUACUCCAGCAAAGUUUUGUCCCUAUCCUUUUGUAGCUAUGGUAGUGGAAGGUGAAGACGCUAUUAGUAAAGUUCAUCAGCUAACAUCAACGGCCGAGAGAUAUCCCUUUCUGAUACCUGCUGUGCGUUCUUAUAGCAGUGUCACACCUGAUAGUGUGGAAGAAGAUUGUAGAUUGUGGUUUGGUAUUGACUCUGCAAACUGGAUAGAAGAAGCAAAAGAAAGUAAUCUUCUGGCAGUCGCACUCCCAGGUGGCCAAACAUUUGGCCCUGUUGAAACAGUGUUGGAGAAGUUAGCUGAACGGUGUCUCCUUAAGUACAGGUACUUCAAGGAACAGAUUUUAUCCAGCAGUUCCGAUCUCUACAGCUGUUUCUACAGCAAUUUCUACAAUGAAGAUCUGACAUUCGUCUUAAUCAGGCCUAUGGCUUUUGAAAAGGGAUGUGUGGGUCAUCUGCUAUCCACUAUUGAGAACAUGGGUUUUUGCUUCAGAGGUAUGGAUUUGGUAAAGAAACCCGGAAAUCCUAUUGGCGAUGCAUGGCCUGCUGAUUCUUGUUCCUCACAUGAAACGGAUGAAUAUGGUAUUGCCUUGCUUAUUGAAAUUUUUUACUAUAAUGAUCUACAAAUAAACAAAGAGAUGCAGGGAUGCUGGUAUGCUGAUUGACAAAAGCAAAGAGAAGGUUGGAAUUUUCAGCGACUUAAUUUACAUAGGCAAGCCUGGUGACACUUGUAUGGUUGGUGAUUAUUUCAAAUGCGGUACUGUUUCCUGGGUGGAUUCCAGCACUGGUGCUGUCUGUGUUGGUUAUUUUUUGGCAACCUUGUCGAGCCUCCAAUUUUAAGAUGACUAAGCAUGAUGUGUUCUUAUCCGGUAUAUCAAUGAGUGUCUCUGAAUUCAGACUGGUUGAAUUCAUUUCCUCUUGACAACAAUUCAAAAGUUCAGGAUUGUCUUUUCCUGUUAAAAACCUUUGAAAAUUGGUCUUGUGUUUUUGUUAAAAUGGAGAUAAACUCUGUAGCUGAUACCUUGGCUAAACAUGUUAGAGCCAAUGGUAAUGGUCUUUGGUACACAGUACCUCCAAAUUUCCUUAUUGGAGAUUUAGAAAAAGACUCAUCUAUGUAAACUCUCUUCUUUGGAAUAGACGGAUGGGUCUUGUGUUUUUUUCCUUAUUGGUAAUGUUCCGAGCAUGGUUAAAUAAACGGAUUUCUCUUCU